UUAAAACGAUCAACUUUUUAAAAACGUUUGUACACAGUGAUAUAAAACAUGCAAAAAAAAACCAAAAAGUUCAUGCCGAAUGUGUUCUUCAGGGAGCUGGUUUUGUUGGUUGCUGGAUCAUGUCUGGGCCUUUUAGUUUUAUAGAUAUUUAUAAUGCUCUAUGAUUGACUAGGACACCACUGAUCCCACCUAUGGGUCUUUAAGUGUCCACAAACUUUUGAUCAUACAUUCUACAUAGGGCAGGUGCUAAUAAUUAGAACUUAAAGGGGUUUUAAUAAAACGCUAUAAAUCAGUGAAGAUGUUUUGUAAAACAUUUGGUGUUCCUAUGGGGGGAAGGGGAGGGGGACGACGCAAAUGUAUACAUUGUGACAUCACUUCCGGUUGGUAAAUGCGCAUGAUGUUCAGGCAGACACCAGGUCUGUUCGGAAAUACAAUGGAGUUGUCCUAUCUAGCUAUCAAAACUGCAAACCAAGCAAGAGAAGCAGAUGAAUUACGAACAGAGACCAGAAGAAGAAAUCUACUCAUAUUAAUUUAUCAUCAUUUAAUGGAAGAAGGGUAUGUGGAUGCCGCAAGUGCACUGGACCAUGAGACCCAUUUUGGGUUGCGCAGGUUCGUAGUGUGCGACAACGUUGACUUGGAGACGGUUCUCAUGGAGUAUGAAAGCUUUUAUUUCAUUAAGUUUAACAAAUAUCCCAAGCUAACCAAGAAACUGCAAGAACAAGGUGAGAACAGACAUGUUAGAAGCUCCAGGAAGAAGAGGACAUCGAGUGUAACGCAAACGCUGCCCAGAAUUCCAUGUGCUCAGCGUCCACAGUCCGGGAACGGGAUUAAAAAACAAGAUUCUAAGACACCAGUAAAGGAUUGGAAGGAUUUGACGAAGUCUGGCACUGAGAACGGAGAAUCGUAUCUGCCAGAGAGCAGUGAGUUCGGCCUGAAUGUGUCACCCAUCAUUAGGAACAAAGCUGGCGACGGAACGCAGCUCAAGAAGGGUCCACUGGUGGACUACAAGGGUCUUAUUCAGGAUGCUAUUAAAGGAGAUAUCAAUGAAACAGUAAAUGACGCGUCCAGCAAUCCGGAUCCCACGGAACGGCUGCUCAAACCGGUCACUGCCUUUUGUGGAAUGAACAGCGAGAUGAAGGAGCUAGCGGCCGUUAUUAGCAGAGAUAUCUAUUUACACAACCCCAACGUGCACUGGGACGACAUUAUCGGCCUGGAGGCUGCCAAGCGAUUAGUCAAAGAAGCUGUCGUCUACCCCAUUAAGUACCCUCAGCUGUUCACAGGAAUUCUCUCACCAUGGAAAGGUCUGCUGCUUUAUGGGCCUCCAGGCACGGGAAAGACGAUGCUGGCCAAAGCAGUAGCUACAGAAUGCAACACGACGUUCUUUAACAUCUCUGCAUCCAGCAUCGUAAGCAAAUGGAGAGGAGAUUCAGAGAAGUUGGUUCGGGUUUUGUUUGAGUUGGCGAGAUUUCACGCCCCAUCCACUAUAUUUCUGGACGAGCUGGAGUCAGUGAUGGGACAGAGAGGUGUUGGACCAGGAGGUGAGCAUGAAGGCAGCAGGAGGAUGAAGACAGAGCUCCUGGUUCAGAUGGACGGCUUGGCACGCUCUGAAGACCUAGUGUUUGUUCUGGCUGCCUCGAAUCUACCCUGGGAGCUGGACCAUGCAAUGCUGAGAAGGCUGGAGAAGAGGAUACUUGUAGGACUUCCCUCCUGUUCAGCCAGAAAGUCGAUGAUCAAUCACUGGCUUCCUCCAAUCAGCAAUACAGGAGGGGUUGAGCUUCGGACUGAGCUAGCCUAUGAUAAGCUUGCAGAGGAAACAGACGGUUACUCCGGCUCAGAUAUCCGGCUGGUCUGUAAGGAAUCGGCGAUGAGACCAGUGAGAAAGAUUUUCGACACCCUGGAAAAUCACACUGAGGGUCACAGCCAAAUGCCGCUUAUUAAACUAGAAACAGUGACUACGGCUGAUUUCCUGCAGGUCAUCGCUCACACCAAACCAUCAGCCAAGAACCUGACAGACAGAUUCUCCGCCUGGGAGAGAGAGUACGAGUCUGUCUGAGACCGACUUUCCAGAAUAAAGACAUAAUACAUUACAUUCUUAUAAAUGUACAGAAACAAGGAAUUUUUAAAACUCUGUCAUUUUUUUUUACUUUUAUUCGAAUCGUCAAUCUAAAAUAUUCAACCUGAAGGAAACAUAUAUACGCAGGCAGAGAAAAAUUGAAACUAGACACAGAUAAUAACCUGGGCACAGGCUGGAACUGAAGACCCUGAAUUUAUUUAGCCAUGAUUACAUACUCAGUAGACAGACAGAUCACUUUAUUAAUUCCAGAGAGAAAUUCAUGAAACAUAUAUCAAAGAACAGCAAAGUACAUACUCUCAAAAUGAGUUUAUAUCUAAAAACUAGAAAAAGAUGUCUCACAUUGUAUGUCUUAAAAGCUCUUAAGGGGCAAACAUAACGAAGUACAACACUUCUUAACUGUUAGUGCUGAAUUGUUACUAUUACAAUAGUGCUGGAGUCUUUAUUCGCUCAUGUACCCUAAUGUCUGUCAGUCCACCGUUUAUGGUUUCGGUUCCUAGUUGACACUUUCAGUGUUCCAUUUACAGUAAUGUGUCUCUGGACUGGUUGUUUUGAAACCCUAUGCUGCUGCCUGAGCCAUUUUCUGUGUUCACAGAAUAAACUUUGUAAGAGAG